AUGGCUGAGCAGGGCUUAGGUCGCAAGUCUGAGCGGGGCAGCCGUGGCUCGGCUGGGCCAGAAAGCCCUGCCUCUGCCAGGGGCUCUUCUAAGGUUUCCUUUUUCCUGAAAAGUACCUCAGAUUCAAAGCCAGUUUCCGAGAGCUCGCACAAGUUCUCCCUGAUGUUAAACGCCUCCCCGGACUCGAACACCUUCUUUGCUUUUAGCAGGUCGGGGUCUGAUGCCUCUGACCUAAACCUGCUUGACCGGGCAGAGAAAGGCUCUUUCUCUUUUCCCAGCCAGGAUUCUGCGGCCACCACCUCCCUUCUUUCUUUUUCAUUAGUGCACUCCGGCUUGCCACGCUCCUCCAGAGACGAGCCAAUGCUUAACGAAAGAGGAGCUUUAAGUAGCUCUUUUGUGUCCAUUACCAAAGCGGCCACAGCGACAGUCCCAGAAGCCAGGCCUGCUCAUAGGUUAAUACCCCAUCGGCCUUCUUCUAAAAUUUCCUCUAUCCCUGAACAAAUCAAGAAACAUAUCCUGCCCUUUUAUGUCACCUUGGAACAGCUCAAAUCUGUGAAGGACUUAAUGGGGGCAGCCUUGGAAAAGGGCCUCAAGCAGAAGGACAAAGCAACCAGUUACUUACCUAUGUUGCCAACUUACGUUUCUGCUUUGCCCGAUGGUAGUGAGAGAGGGGAUUUUCUGGGACUAGAGUUGAGUGUUAAUCAGGUGAAAGUCUUGCUGUUACAACUGACGGAUAAUGUUGUUGAACCAAUGGUGGUGAAAAAAAAGAAUUUCUCAUUUCCUGAGAAGAUCUUGAUUGGCAAUGGACUGCAGGUUUUUGAAUUCAUGGCUCAAUGCCUGAGCACAUUUUUGGGUGGACUUAACUUAAACAAGAAAUAUUUCCCACUGGGUUUCUCCUUCCCCUUCUCUUGUGAUCAUACUGCAGUGAACCAGUGUAAACUGAUCAGAUGGACAAAGGAUUUCCGAUGGCCAGGUGUGGAGGGGAAAGAUGUGACCAAAUUGCUCCAAACUGCUAUCAAUGAGAAUUGCAAGAAUUACCAAAUAGAGGUCCUUGCUAUUGUGAAUGAUACUCUGGGAGAUUUGAUGAGCUGUUCUUCUACUGUCAGGCCAUGUCAAAUAGGAGUAAUGAUAGAUGCUGGCACUAACUGUUGUUAUAUGGAAGAUACAGACUGCAUACCAGGAAGCACACAGGAACCUAGGGGACAUAUGUACAUAAACACAGAAUGGGGGUCCUUUGGGAGUAAUGGAGAAUUGAAUGAGGAAGUAACAGAGUUUGACUUGUUGGUAGAUAAAGAAUCCAUGGAUCAAGGAAAAUGCAGGUUUGAGAAGAUGACCAGUUCCUAUUACGUGCGUGAGAUUGUCCGAAUUAUUUUGGCUAAUCUGUCUGGGAAUGCUGAAUUAUUCAAUGGUGUUCUGACUCCCACAUUAUUAAUCAAGGGGAAGCUGACACUGCAAGACAUUGUGGAGGUCACAGAUGAUAAAGUGGGCCUUGCCAAAACCAAAAGUUUUCUUAGUCGUCUUGGACUAGUGGCAAGCAAUCAAGAUUGUUUCCAUGUGCAAGAAAUAUGCAAAGCUGUAUACACCCGUUCUGCCAAACUCUCUGCUGCUGGAUUGGCUGCCAUUCUCGCACAUAUUCAUGAACAACAGCAGCUCCCAGAGAGGAAGAUCUGUCUCAUGAGUGGGGACUUGUACAAGAGCUAUCCAUUGUACAGUGAGAUACUACAGCAAACCCUGAAAGAGCUGGUUCCUGAAUGUUCUGUCAAAUUUAUCCCAUCAGAUGAAGGCAGUAUCUUAGGGGCUGCCAUAGUGGCAGCUGUAGAAGCGAAGCUUAGAAACCAUCGAGAGGGACUGGCUCAAGUUCUGGCUCCUUUUAAGCUUUCAAUUGUAGAUCUUGAAAGAUUACGGAAUGGAAUCAGACAAGAGAUGGAUAACGGCCUGUCAAAGGCACCCAACAAGAAAAGUUGUCUACGCAUGUUGCCCACUUUCGUCUGUUAUUUGCCUGAUGGCUCUGAGAGAGGGGAUUUCCUGGCACUGGAUCUAGGUGGAACCAAUUUCCGAGUAUUGAUGGUACACGUGAAGAGCCAAGAGGAGGGUGGUGUGCACAUCAUCAAUGAGAUUUACGCCAUUCCACCAGAAAUAACCCAAAGUACUGGGGCACAGCUUUUUGACCACAUUGUGAAUUGUAUGGUGGAUUUUCAUGCUAAGCACGGGAUGUCUGAAAAUGCUCUACCACUCGGUUUCACUUUUUCCUUUCCAUGCAAUCAAAUAAGCCUGGAUAAGGGCAUCUUGCUGAGAUGGACUAAGGGCUUCAGUGCCACUGACUGUGUAGGAGAAGAUGUUGUGAAUUUGUUGCGGGAUGCAGUACAGCGUCAGAAGACUAUUGAUGUAGAUGUGGUUGCCUUAGUGAAUGACACAGUGGGAACAAUGAUGUCAUGUGCCUACUUAGACCGUAACUGUGAAGUUGGUCUUAUUGUUGGAACUGGAUGCAAUGCUUGCUAUAUGGAAGAAAUGAGAAAUGUGGGCACCUUGGAUAGUAAUGAUGGCAGAAUGUGCAUCAAUAUGGAAUGGGGGGCAUUUGGAGAUGAUGGCUGUCUUGAGCACUACAUAACGCCUUAUGAUGACAUAGUGGAUAAAGAAUCUCUCAAUUCUAGCCAACAAAGAUUUGAGAAGAUGAUUAGUGGCAUGUAUUUGGGUGAGAUAGUGCGCUAUGUUCUGUUGGAGUUAGCAUCUCGCAAUAUCCUCUUUAAGGGUCAUGAGUUAAAAGGACUUAACAACAAAGGCAUCUUUCCCACUAAAUUAUUAUCAGACAUUGAGAAUGACAGCCAAAGCCGCCAACAUGUUUAUCAGCUCCUGGAAGGGCUGGGGUUGCCCGUUUCUCCCGAGGAUGCCAAAGUGGUGAAGGAAGUGUGUCAUACCGUGACUUCACGAGCUGCUAUGAUGUGUGCAGCUGGAGUGGCAGCCGUUGUAGAAAAGAUUCGAGAAAAUAAGCGCAUGACAAAGCUGGAGGUGACGGUUGGCGUGGAUGGGACAGUAUACAAGAUGAAUCCUUACUUUGCAAAAAAACUUCAGGAUACAGUAGCUCUGCUGGCUCCAAGCUGCAAUGUCAAAUUCUUAUUGUCGGAGGAUGGCUCAGGAAAGGGAGCUGCACUCAUUGCUGCUGUGGCCUGCCGUACAAAGAUGUCUUAA